UUUAGCUUAAACUCUAAUCAAGUAAUUUUAGCUUAUUUAAACUGUGUUGGAGCAGGGUUGGAAAUAAACGCUGCAGGGCUGUGACCCACCAGGAACUGAUUUCUGCAGCCCUGACAUAAAUAUAACAUUUGAUCAUUUACCUCAGAUCAUGUACCUUGGAGCUGCUACAGAUAACAAAGCAUCAACUGCCUUUGGAUUUUUCCAUCAGUCAGUGGAGAGAAAUGGAUUUCCGUUAAGAGUUCGAGGAGACCAAGGAGUAGAAAAUGUGGAGAUGGCUAGAUGCAUGUUUUCUGUGCGAGGCUGCGGAAGAGGAAGUUUCAUGUCAGGAAAAAGUGUGCAUAACCAGCGUAUUGAACGCCUUUGGCGCGACAUAUGGAUGGCUGUAACCAACAUCUUCUAUGAUGUUUUACACACUCUCGAGGAGGAAGGGUUACUAGAUCCAUCCAACAGCCUCCACAUGUUUUGUUGCCAUUAUGUGUUUCUGCCGCGCCUCCAGGCCAGCCUUGAUUCCUUUACUUGUGGAUGGAAUAACCAUCCUCUCCGCACAGAGGGCCAUCGAAGCCCCAACCAAAUGUGGGAAAUCGGGCUGAUUCAAAACCCAGUCCCAGAUCCUCCAGAAUCUGAGAAUUCUCAAGAUGAAGACUCUGACUGGGACAUGACCAGAACCCCUGACCAGCCAUCUAUAGGAAUUGUAGUUCCUCCAGUAGAUUACACAUUAACUGAGGAACUGAAUGCCCAGCUGCAAGCUGUUGUUGACCCAGCCUCACAAUCUCAAAACUUUGGCAGGGACAAAUAUUUAGCAGCAUUACAUUUUGUGAUCCUUCAUUCUUAAAAUUCUUACAAUGUAUUCCCAACAUAUUCAGAACAAAACUAGAUAUAGUACAAAAUGAAACUUUUGAUAAACUAAAAAUAGUUAUUGUUUUGAAGGUUUUCUUCCUACAGUAAACAAGUAUUAACAGUAAUAUUUAACUAUUA